AUGUAUAAGGGAGACAUGUUGAAAGUAUUGUCCACAGUUGUUCUGUUGACUCUCACUCCAAUCAUGGAUGCUGCCCCGCUGGCACCUGGAGAACCAGAUGUUUUUGAGGAACCAACCGAUGAAGACAAUGAUGAACCUCCAGAUCCAUGGAGAACUGGAGCAGAUAUAGAGGAGAUUACAGCACGAGCAACAAGGAUUUUUGAAAAUCUACUGAGGACCAGACCAAAGACGACAUUUCCCAAUGGAGAUGGAAAGACUGCAUCUAUGAGGUCUUUAGAUGAAAUAAGUAGACCUACUAGCCGCCCAGAUGUCAGAGACAAACCUUUGGGCACAGGUAUCAAUAACCCAUCAAAGAUAGUGACAAUCCAUUCUGAUGGACAAGAGGAGAUUCAGCCUUCAGCCGAAAGUCUUGAUGGAUCUUUGAGGAUUGACCUCAUGACCAAUUCUCCUGAUUCCCAGCUGCAAACUCUGACUGAGAGGAACAACCUGUUUAGGUUAUCAAAGGUGAUUGAUUCAGAGGAGCAAGGUGACACUUCAACAGCAGCCAAACAAUCCAAGUUAGAUCCCAACACAGGUGUUGCAGUUACUCAAGAGGAGCUUGUGAAGAUGUUGAGUGUACUUGAGAAGCUUCACAAGUUAAUGAACAGUACGCUGAGCAAUCGAAUCACCAUCAUACACAGAGGAAAUGGCAACGGACGAAGUCCUGGGAAGAAGAACAAAAUGGUACUGACAGAUGGAACCCUGAAAUCCACCACAGCAACUACUGUAGAUGGUGGUGGGACCUCACCGAAGGCUAGCACUGACCAAAUGGAUCCAACACUCAAUGGAAAAGGUUUUAAAAAGUCCCUUCAAUCAACUCCUAAGAAACCCAACAAGAGAGUGUGCUUCUGGAAGUACUGCUCUCAAAACUGA